AUGGCUACUACCGUUGAGAAAGCUUCGGCACAGAUGGAUGUCAAGGAUACAUCUACUCCAUCAGACCCGCCUUCCAUUACGGAAGGCGUUCAGGACAACGUCGGCGUCGGCGUCGUCCUGACCCAUGACGAAUACCAUCUGGCCACCCUGGGUUACAAGCAAGAGUUCAUCCGGUCCCUGGGCUUUUUUGAGAGCUGGGCAGCGACCUUUACGUCGAUGAACUUCAUCUCCGGCAUCCCCGUCCUGUUCGGCUGGGUUUUAUACACCGGAGGACCCCAAGCGGCCUUCGCGAACUGGACGAUGGUGGGCGGCCUGUCGUGCGUCGUGAGCUUGGUGAUGGCGGAGCUGGCGGCGGCCCUGCCCACCACCGGCGGCAUCUACUUCUGGAGUUACCGUCUGGGCGGACAGAAGUACGGGCCCUUCCUGAGCUGGAUGACGGCCUGGUGGAACUGGGCGGGCUGGAUCACCGUCGUGCCCGGCGUGCAACAAGGCUCGACCAACUUCCUGGUCUCGGGCCUGAUGAUCAAGUACCCCGACGCCGAAGUCCUCCACAAGGGGUGGUUCCUGUGGCUGCUCACGAGCAUCGGCAUGAUCUUCGCCAUGAUCCCCAACAUCUACAACCCGCGGCUGCUGCGCUACUACUUCCGCUUCGCCGUGGUCAUCUUCUUCUCCCUGUUCUUCAUGUACUGGAUCUGGUUCCCGAUCAAGGCGUCCGAGAAGCAUUUCAACAGCAGCCACGGCGCGUUUGGCUUGUUCUACAACGGCAUCAACUUGGGAGACAAGAAGGAGGCCUCGGAUGGCUACUGUUGGGUCAUUUCUGUCCUGUUCGGAGCCUGGGUCUUUUACGGGUACGAUGCAUCGGCACAUUUGGCCGAAGAAACCAAACAGGCCUCCACCGUCGUCGCCAAAGGGAUCUACAUGUCCACUUUCUCGGCCUGGUUUCUGUCGAUCCCGACCCUCAUCAUCAUUCUCUUCUGCAUGCAAGAUUUCGACGGCAUCAUCUCAGCGACAUACGCAAACAACUGGGCCGAGUACCUGGUGCAACUCAUCGGUGAGAACGGCGCGGUCGCCAUCCUGUCCCUGCUCUGGGUCGACAGCACGUGUGCCACGGCAAGCUGCUUCAUGUCCGCCCAGCGAGUCACCUAUGCCAUCUCCCGCGACGGUGUGCUGCCCUUCAGCUUCUUCUUCAGGAAGCUCUCCAAGCGCAAGAUGGCCGUCAAUGCCGCGCUGCUCGUGUUUGUCAUGUCUGUGGCGAUCACGACGGCCGUCAUCGGCUCUGCAGUCGCCUUCUCCGCCAUCACCGCCACGGCCACCAUCGCCACGAACUUCUCGUAUCUGAUCCCCAUCGUCGCGCGACAGACCGUGGGACGCAAGUCGUUUGUGCCGGCCAAGUGGAAUCUCGGAAAGUUUUCCGCUCCGCUGGCCGUGGUGGCCAGUGCGUACAUCCUGUUCCUCUUCGCGGUCCUUCUCCUGCCGCAACUGUACCCGGUGGACGCCAACACGCUGAACUAUGCACCCAUCUGCAUCGGGAUCAUCACCAUCAUCAGCUUGGUGGGAUGGUUCCUCCCCGUCUGGGGUGCCAUGCACUGGUUCCAAGGUCCGAUCAAGACCAUCUCCGAAGAAGAGUUUCGAAAUGCCCGGGUCGAAGGAGGCGUGGCGACGGUCGAGGAAGGAGACGCCGCGGCAAACUUUGAGUACGGACACCGGCGGAAGAGCGUGUGA